AUGAAGGCCUCACAUGGGAAGAGGUCGACAGUCGCGGGGAUUCCAAGAAUGGAAGAAAGUUGCAGGACAGGUGCACUUGAGUUUCACAUCUGCGAGACCUGGGAUCUUGAAACCAAGACUGGCCGUGCCAGGCAGUUUCUGAAGCAGGGGGGAAUCCUCUGUGGCUGCAUCUCGGGCUACUCACAUGCUUCCCAAGCACGCUUCUUAUUUCGUGACGACUUUGGCCAGGGCCUGGACAAGUGGCCCGAAGAAGCCAUACUUAGGCCAGGGGGAGGGGCCGAGAGAGCUUUUGUCAGGUCCGGUGCAGAGGAAGCCGGAGAAUCGGCCGAAGGUGGUACCGCCCCAAGACUCCUCGAGCCACGACUCUUUGGGUUUUGUUGGCUCUCGUGCCCGGCAGAGACACGCAUAGUGAAGUCCUAUUGCUUGCUACCGCCUGCAGACUCCUUCGUUCUGCUCCUGCGCGGAGCAAGUCAAUACCGGAGAAAAAGGGCUUCAGGGUGUAGGGUUUAG